CCUCCCCCCGCCCCUUUGUUUCCGCUGCCCCCUCUACCUUCGCACCCUUCUGCUACUCCGCCCGCCGUACUUCCUUUUGGGGCCCCACUGCGUUCCCCAUUUGUCCUUCCCAUCUUGUUGUCGUUACCACGACGCGGCCCCCCUCCGAGGCACCAUGUGGUUCGAGAUCGUCAUCUGCGGUGUAUUGGUCCUCGCCACGCUGGCAGUGUAUGACUACUUCUACAAUGCCGGGACCAAUGCGCCAGGGCCUUUCGGUUUGCCCUUCGUUUACCAGCUGAUUGAGGCUCACCGGAUUCUCGGUCGGCUGGACGAAUAUCUCGACGAGACGCGCCGCAUCUACGGGCCGACUUUCCUGAUGCGCGCGCCGGCCGUGCCGCCCUUCAUUGUCACCGUGGACCCGGCCAAUGUGGAGCACGUGCUGAAGACCAAGUUCUCCAACUACAUCAAGGGCGAAUUCUUCACCAGCAACCUGGAGGACGUCCUUGGAAAGGGAAUUUUCAAUGUUGACGGCGAGGCAUGGAAGCGCCAGCGCAAGAUCACGAGCCAUAUGUUCAAUGUGUCCAACUUCCGCAACGGCAUGACCCAUGUCUUCCGCUUCCACCUGCGUGAGCUUUGCUCCGUUCUGGAGACCAAGCUGGCCAAGCCGGUGGAUCUGCAUGAGUUCUUCCACCGGUUCACCCUGGACUCCAUCUGCCAGAUUGCCUUCGGCAAGAAUCUCGGGUCCAUCCGGAACAGCCGGCUGCCGUUCGUCGUUGCCUGGGACACCACCAACGAGACGGUCAUCUACCGAAUGAUCCUCCACCGGUACAUUCGCCAGCUGUUCAUCGCCGAAGAGAACGUCAGCUACAAGGUCAAGCUCCUGCGUGGCUUUGCGCGCGAUAUCAUCCAGGAACGCCGCGACGAGCAGGCCCGCGACCUGGAGCGCUUCAACUCCCGGUCGGAUCUCCUGUCGCUGUAUCUCGCCCGGACCGAUGACACCGGGCAGAUGUUCACCGAUGACUACCUGAUUGACAUGGUGCUGAACAUCAUCAUCGCCGGGCGUGACACCACGGCCCAGUCGCUGGCCUGGACGGUGAAGCUCCUGUGCGAGAACCCGGAGGUGUUUGUCAAGCUGCGCGAGGAGAUCGACCGCGUGCUGGGCUCGAGCAAGCCCUGCGAUUACACCACCUCCCAGCAGAUGAAGUACCUGAUGGCCGUCAUCCACGAGUCGCUGCGUCUGUAUCCCAGCGUGCCGCGUGACAUCAAGCAAGCCGUGGAGGAUGACGUCCUGCCGGAUGGGACCCGCGUGCCGAAGGGCUACCUGGUGGUGUACUUCCCGUAUGGCAUGGGCCGCUGCGAGGCCAUUUGGGGCCCGGACGCGCGGGCCUUCCGCCCGGAGCGCUUCCUCAACCCGGCCGGGGACUUUAUCAAGCCCUCGCCCUUCGCCUAUCCGGUCUUCCAGGCCGGGCCGCGCACUUGCCUCGGGCAGAACAUGGCGCUCCUGGAGCAGGCCAUGGUGCUGGCCACUCUGGUCCAGCGCUACGACCUCGAAAUGGUGCCGGACCAGAAUUUCGAGAUCGCCUUCAACCUCACCUGCCCCAUGAAGAACGGCCUGCAGGUGGUCAUCCGGCCCCGGGCCCAGCACUGUGCCGACGGGCCGCCCCCGCGUCUGGAGGACCAAUUCUCGGCCGACACUCUGGGCUCGAUGGCCGCCGAGCUGGAGGCCCAUUGAGGAAAGGGGGCCGAGCCGGGGGAAAAAAAAGGAGAAAGAACAACCGACGAAAAGGAGGAAGGCCUGUACACAUGUGCACGCUCAUCCCUGGAUGUAUGUCUUCGGCGCGCGCGCGCGCACUCAGUAUAGGUGUGCGUGCGGGGGCGGGGCCGCUUGCUCCGGCAACAGCGGGGCCAUUCUCUCCCUGCGCGAGAGAAGGAGGCUUCAGGGAACCAGAGCCCGAGGCUGACCGAGGGGGGAUGCGUACCGCGCGACGGGUGGCAAUUUCCCGGGCGAAACACACCGACAGGGCGGAGCAACACACGGCAAGAGGGCCAAGGGAGCAGAACAAAGCACCGUACCGGUGCAAGGAUCUGUCUGCACUCCUGUCCACCGCUCUUUGACUGCUCCUGUCAGGCCUCGUACAAAUGCGCCCGUCUGUCUGCCCGGUUCAUGCGCUCUUUCCACCUGCCUGCCUGCCUGCCUGCCUG